AGUCCAGCGGGCAAGCGCCCAGAUCUUAGUCCAGGGCAAAUUCUCAAAAUCAAAAUGGACUCCAAAACAAGCGUUUGACCACAAAUUUCAGCCCAUUUUCACAAUUCCCACCCCCAUUUCGACACCCCGUUUCUGCGCUAUUACGCGGCCUGCCCAUUCCACCUGAAGCGAGAGAAACAAAGCAGCCCAGCCAGUCGGUCAGUCGGCCCCUGGUACAGUAGCAUCAAACACACAAACUCCAGAUUACACCACCAAAAAAAAAAUGCCAGGCAAGACGUACAUUGUCGAGCACCUCGACCCCGAGCUGGGCCCCUGGUCCGAACUCGAGUACAUCGCCAUCGCCAGAGAAACCCACGCCGCCGAGGGCACCUUUCUCCUCUCCUCCCUGCCCGCCGGCUUCGUCGCACCCGGGAAGCUGCAGCAGGUCCCGGCCUUCAAGGCCGAGAACCGGGGCGUCGAGGAGCUCUACGCCGCCGACAAGUCCCGCGUGUGUCUGCUCGACCCCUCCGCCGCCAGCGACCUGAGCCCCGAGGACGGUGAAAAAUUCGACGCCUUCCUGUUUGGUGGUAUUUUGGGUGAUGACCCCCCAAGAGACCGCACCUCCGAGUUGAGGAAGAAGGGUUUCGAAGGCAGACGCCUGGGUCCCACACAGAUGACGACUGACACGGCAGUCCGCGUCACGAGAAUCGUCGUCGAGGAGAAGACACCACUGGAUAAGAUCCCUUACGUGACAUACCCCGAGCUCAAGUUCAGUGAGCACGAGAGCACCGAGAUGCCCUUCAAGUAUGUCACGGACAAGGACGGCCAGCCCAUUAUGCCAGAGGGCAUGGUUGACCUCAUCAAGAAGGAUGCUGACAAGGCGAUUGAUGACCUUUUCUAAGAUACCACUUCCAAUUGAAUUUCAAUGACCGUCAUGAAAACUU